UGCGCACAGUGUUUACUCGUUGCGUUUAACUACGUUUCGUGAAAAAUUCAUUUCUAAUUUUCAAAAAAAGUUUUUUUCAUUAUAAAAUUUGUCUAUUUUUACUGAAUUAACGCAAUUUUAUAAAGUUUUAUUCACAAAAUACAAUUUAUCAAUCAAAAUGCAAGGGAUGACUAUUAAGUCACUUAAAAAACAUUAUUACUUGAUUCCUCUUCACGGUUGCCUCAGUUUUGGAAUAUUAACCGCCAUUGCCUCCCUUGUGAGAUGUGCUAUAAAGAAUCCUGAUAUCUCAUGGAAUUUGAAAAAAAAUCCAGAACCCUGGCAAGAAUAUAAAAAUAAGAGAUACAAGCUACUGGAUCCUGCUGGUGCUAGAGGCUGGACAGAUGCUCCUCAAAGGCCCGGUACCAUUUGGGAAUUGUACUUUUAGGUUUAAUAUUCUAAAACUUUAAGGUUUAAUAAAAUAUUUUCUUAAAAUAAAAGUAUUUUUUAAAAAUAGCAAUAAAAUUCUUAAAUUGAGAAUAUUUCUUAACCUGUUUAUGCCAAUACGUAUAUAGCACUGAGGAAAAAUUCAGUAUAUACUAUUCUUAAAAUAAGAAUAUAUAUACUUAAAUUCAGUAAAUAUUAUUCUUAAAAUAAGAAUAAUAUAUUCUUAAUUUCAGUUUACGGGUUUUUCUGUAUGUGUAAACAUGUGCAAUAAUGGGUUAAUUUAAGAAUAUUUAUUGAAUUUAAAUUUUUUAUUUUAAGAAUAUUAUAUAUUCUAGGUUUUAAGGAUAUUGAAUUAUAUUUAAAUUUAAUAACGAGAUAUAUUAAUAUAUAUAAUUUAUUACUAUUAUUAUUAACCUGGUGUAAUAAUUAAUGUAUGUAUGUAAUUGUUGAUAUUAUGCUUAUAAAAAGGAAU